UAAAUAUGUCGAUUAUGAGAGAAAAGCAUGAGAUUGUGAGACAAAUAUGAGUGGAACUCGAGUUUUCAGAACGGCGCAACCUAUCGUUGCGAUAACGUGUGCUCAUAUAAUUAAUUUCAAUCUCAUCGAUACUAGUCCACACAACACUGCCACACACGUCCUCAUCCACGUGCACAUCGUAAAGAGAUUCAUGUGCACCUUAUAUAAGCUACGCGACAGCUUGAUCGGUUUGCAUUGUUGUCGGAGCGAACUGCAUCGUCUCGCGAGUGACUUGCGCGAAUUAUGGCACUGACAAUGUCAUCUCAGUUCGUAAUAUGGGGAAUCGGAUGCACUUUGACCAUGCUGCUUGUGUUAUCCGUGCAGGCGAUCGACUAUGAAGUUCAUAGACACGACGUAACACCGAUGAAAUUGAACGGCAAGAUAAUCUUAACGAAUCGUGAUCUUCUCGAGCAACUAAAUCUUGUCGCACCGAAAGAGAGUUACACAUUACAAGAGGGCACAGAGCGACUGCUGUACUUUGGUGCACUUCUGCGAAUGCGCCUCCUGGAUAUUUUCGGCAACCUUUUGUACAUCUAUUACGACGACUUCAGUAUAGUGGAAGUGCAAGCGUUGCACAAGGUCUAUCAAGAGAUCUUCGAACGACGAUACGAUAUAUUCAACCUGGUCCCCGCGAUUCUGUGGAACCCGGACACAAGACCGUCGAAGAUCUGCGCCAGAAUUUACACUCAUGCAGAGCCCUGCCUGAAGAGUAGCGCCAGCGUAUGUCGAAGGAUCAGACCGCAGCACGAUCUUCCGCAUCCCGACGAUCUUAGCACGUCCGCUUUGAACGUUACGCAUUUGGCGUACCGUUUGUCCAAGAUAUCGAGGCAAUACCUCGGAGGAUUUUCCUUAGCGGCCUUAUUAAAGCAUCUACAGCGAGAAAUGCUGACGAUUACGCCCGAUCUGUUAUCCGGACUUCUUUACAAUGUAAAAUAUGAUUAUUUUGAUGAUGACGUUCGUCUCGCCGAGAGAGAGCUCGUGCAAUUUCUUCGCAAGCUCGCACAUACCACUGAAAUUUCGAUACCAUUGCCGACAGCGGAAUUAAAGAAAUUUCGAAGUGUGAAUUCCUUCCUCAAGUAUUAUGUCAACAUAUACGCUGAGAAACUCUCGGACGAUAAUCUGAAGAGACACGCGUUCCUAAUCGCGAAACGCAUCGUCGACGACAUCGGCACGAUCGAUGAGAAUAUUUAUUUACUUGGUAACGUCUAUGAGAAUAGAACGAUUCACAUCAAGUAUCUGUUUGAUCUUGUGUUGCCCGACGAUCUACUCGACAAUGAUGUCAUCGAUGCUAAGAAAUAUUUGGUGAAGAAAUUAAACGAAUUUGACGUGGUGGAGAAACACCUCAAGGUGCAAAAGUAUCAGCAGGCCACACCGGUUCAGUUGACGAUGGAGAUCACCGGACAGCUGAAGGAUAUCGACUUCGCCAAGAGUAUUGCGAUAUCUCUGCGAAUACACGCGAGAUUUUGGCGCAGAAGUCAUAUGAUCGAGAGUCUCGGUGAGCUGUUAGAGCUGUUCGACGCCUACGAAAAUCUACGACAAGUGCCGCUCUACGAGGACCUGAUGAAAAAGAUCGACAUUAUCAAGGAAAAUCUGGGGGAUAUGAAGGACAUCCCCGUUGAGAUUCUCUGCAACGCUCCACGAGCUUGUCUACAAAUAGGUCUGCAGUUGGUUUUAUACUGCAAAUAUGUCAGUUUUGAAGUCAAGGAGCUCAUUAAGGAGUUCUUUCAAUUGAGCAAUAUGUGUGUGAUUCCCGUAUACGUAACGCAAGAAUCGAGACGUACCGUGGAUAUCCCUUUCAAGAUAUCGGAAACACGCUUUUCAAAAAUUGCAAACAUAGGCGCCAUGUGGAGUACCGAGAGAAAAACAACGGGUAUUAAAUCCACCAGCGAAGCGACGAUUCGAACUAGCACAAUUGACGAAAGCUCUAGCGAGAGCGAAAGUUCAGAGAGUUCUGAAGAAACUACGGAGUCGCUUGAAAUAUCUAAAGAGUCUAGCGAAUCUAUCGAAGUUUCUACAGAGUCCGAAACGGAAAAGAGUACGAAAUUUAUGAACAUGACUAUUGUGACAACUGAACAUGCGAUGCCUAUUUCGACAACGACAGUAAUAGAUGAGACAUCAACAAUCCAAGAAGAGACAUCCACGGCCGCAACAAGUACAACAGCUGCGACAACUACAGUGUUACCUACGACAACGACACUACCUACAACGAUUACAACAUUGCCUGCAGUAAUUACAACGUUACUGAGCACAACAACGUUGCCUACAACAAUUACUACAAUAUUGCCUACAGUGAUUACAACUACUACUACAUCACCUACGAUUACUACAACAUUACCUACGACGACUACUGCAGAAUUAUCUACAACAACAACUACAACAUCACCUACAACGACUACAACAUCGCCCACAACGACUACAACAUUGCCUACAACGACUACAAUAUUGCCUACAACGACUACUACAACAUUGCCUAUAACGACUACUACGACAUUGCCUACGACUACUACAACAUCACCUACAACGACUACUACAGAAUCACCUACAACGACUACUACAGAAUCACCUACAACGACUACUACAGAAUCACCUACAACGACUACUACAGAAUCACCUACAACGACUACUACAGAAUCACCUACAACGACUACUACAUCACCUACAACGACCACAAUACCUACAACAACUACUGCGUUGCCAACGACAAUUACUACAACUACCACAACAUUACCCACGACCAUUACUUCUACAUUAUUGACAACGGAUACUACGACAGCAAGAGCAGUGGUACCAGUCGACAUGAAAUGGGAGAUGAAGAAGAAAAAUAUAUUUACGUUGGAUAUCCAUAAGGAAACUACGGAGAGUACAACUGCUUCGACGAUACCUUGCGAGUCUAAUGAAUGCUCCAGCGAGCAAAGUACGGAGAAAACUAGCGAGGAAAUGACGACAACUACGCAGACUUCUACUCUCGAAUCUACUCAAACAUCUCCAGAGUCGUCGACCAUUGAAACGACAGUGACGGAAUUGAGUGGAACGCCAAUCACAAAAGAAGCCUGCAUAUCCAAGAGCGAAAGCACCGAGGAAUCAGGAAUGUCCUGCGAAACAAGCUGCGACUCUGAGGUGAAGGACUGUGAUAAAGACACCUCUGAAAAAGUAGAGAAUCACACCGUCAAGUGUUCCAAAGUGCGCUGCAAGGAGAAGUCCGCAGAGAUCUCUUCGGAAUGCGAGACGGAGACCGACAAGAGUUGCGAUUGCGUUUCCAAAGAAGAAAAAAGCGCAGGCUGUGUAACGUUGUGUUCCUCGGAGUUGGAGAGUUCGUCGUGCGAGGAGAGGCAGACUGAUUGCUUGAAGUCGGAAAUGCCGACAAUUAAUAUGAAACUCGAGCGCACUCGAAAGCGAGGCUUAUGCGAGAUUCGGGAUCCUCAUCAUCGGCGCCAGAUGAAGCGACUGGCGAAGAUGAAGGCGAUCAGUUCUGUCAUCGCGACGUCGCACGCCGAUAUUCUCGGGUCAAAAACAUCGAAACAUCGAAAUCGGAUCGCGAGCAAAAAGCUGUACAAUCUAUUAGUCGCCAAGCUAGCUGACGCCAAGGAUGAGAAAUCCAGUAGGAUAGCGGAAUACUUGCUGAAGAGACCUUUCAGCAGACCGAGCAAAAUUGAAGGCGCGAGUUGGAAACGUCGCAAGCAACAGGAAAAAGUUUACAGAUUAAGAAGGAGACUGGCUAGAAAACUCAGUAGAAAAUUAACCGGAAGGACGUCGAUGCAUCGAUCGAGGAGUACAAAGGUUCAUCAGGGUCGAGAGAUCGAGAGGAUAUCCAGAGACGCGAAAUCGAUCAACGCGGCGGCGGAUAAAAAUGUGGUACAAAAUUGGAAUCUGUCGAUUUAAAAUUUAAAAUUACGCAUUACUUUUAUUAAGAAUAUUAUAGCAUUAUGUUAUUAUAUAAACGAUUGGUAUCGAGCGUAUAUUAUUACUAUUCGCCAUAUACUGCGUUUUAUCUUGAAUAUUCCGUCCUACUUAUCCGAUCAGAUAUGAAAAAUAUUGAGAGAAACGUAACGAAAUUCAUUCUCUUUAUUUCGAAGGAAGUAAUU